CCAAGGGCAUGUUCAAACGGUUUCCUGGUUGAACGACAUCGUCCUCACAACGGUGUGAAACGGUUUUCAGGUGAACCGGGAAGUCUCUGGUUUCCAUCACACUGGUGCAAAGACGAAGAAACUAGAGAGUGAGGCAAGUCAUCACCACAAGUGGCCCAGGGGCAGGGAAGGCUUUCAUCAAGUUUCACACAUCCUUUUCUUCCGGAUAUUAAACUAAUUUAAUCUAACUGUCCGGCGACUGGGGCACUGUUCAACAUGGCUGCUCUUUCAGCCUGGUUCUGGAACGAGAGGUUUUGGCUCCCACACAACGUAACCUGGGCGGAUCUGGCAGACCCAGCUCCCGGGGUGGAGUACCCCAAAGCUGGACACUUGUUCACUGCCUUGCCGCUGGCUUUGGGAAUUUUCGCCGUCAGGAUACUCUUCGAAAGGUUUAUUGCCAGUACCUGUGCCCGGAGUCUUCACAUCCAGCCAGGUGUUGGACGAAGAGCUCAGCCCAACGCAGUGCUGGAGAAGGUGUUUACAUCCAUCACCAAGAAUCCAGACUCUCGCCAUCUGGAUGGCCUAUCCAAGCAGCUGGACUGGGAGGUGCGAAAGGUCCAGCGUUGGUUCAGACACCGCAGGAACCAAGAUAAACCCAGUACACACACUAAGUUCUGUGAGAGCAUGUGGAGGUUUACAUUUUAUUUGUGCAUUUUUACCUAUGGGUUCCGGUUUCUGUGGCAGUAUCCUUGGAUGUGGGAUACACGGCAUUGCUGGUACGGUUAUCCCUAUCAGGUCAUGACUCCAGGUCUUUACCGCUACUAUGUGACAGAACUGGCCUUCUACUGGUCACUCAUGUUCUCCCAAUUCACUGACAUUAAAAGGAAGGACUUCAAGAUCAUGUUCAUACAUCACCUGGCGACAGUUGGCCUGAUCAGCUUUUCUUACGUCAACAACAUGACGCGAGUAGGGAGCCUCGUAAUGUGUGUACACGAUGCCUCUGACUUCCUGCUAGAGGCAGCCAAGCUGGCCAACUAUGCCAAGUACCAGCGCUUGUGUGACUCCCUCUUCAUUAUGUUUAGUGUGGCAUUCUUCAUCACACGACUAGUUAUAUAUCCAGUAUGGGUCCUGAACUCCACUAUGUUUGAGAGCUGGGCCAUAGUCGGGCCAUACCCGUCCUGGUGGCUCUUCAACUUCUUGCUGCUGGUCCUUCAAGUGUUGCAUAUCAUCUGGUUCUACCUCAUAGCCCGUAUUGCUGUCAAAGCCAUGCUGCGGGGCAAGGUAUGCAACGAUGUCCGCAGUGACAUUGAGAGCAGCUCAGGGGAAGAGUCCAACACGCCCAUAGAAGGCCCCAAGGCUUCUUUUCAUAUUCCCAAGGGAGAAAACGGCACUAACGGCCACUGUGCUGCUGCUAAAGCCCGAGGGCUGAACCACAGCAGCGGGUGACGCGAGGCUGGGAGCCCCCUGCAGUUUGUCCCUCACCAUGUCUCAGAAACUGUCUUUUGACAUUCCCUUGACGUGCAAGACACACACACACACUUUGGAGAGCACUGUACUGACUGUACAACACAACUCAAGAGGUGACAUGUAAACACUGAAAUAAUAUGAAAAAUCAGUUGUAGGUGAGUUGCAUAGCCUUAUUUUUCAAAUGAUGGGAGUGUUCAUGGGGAGUUUGGCUGCAGAUGUUGAUUAAUAUUAAAUGUUCUCUCCCAGUUUUAUUGGUCAGAUGAACUUGAUUAUUUUUAUCUUGUGGGUUGAUUCACACCGGAUCACAAAAAGCAGAAAAUACUACUCUGGAAGUGAGUUGCAUUUCUGAUCUGUGAGGUUACAGCAGGUAUUAUACAUAUAAAUAACUGUAUAAAGAGCUACUGUUAUAGCUGUGGUUUUAUCAGCUCUUAAAAAGAAGGGCACCUGCUGAGUGUGACCAGAAGUACACUCUUGAAAGUAAAAAGAGCAGCAGUUUCUGCCUUCUGCCAUCUAUUGUCGAUUUCUCCUUUUUAAAAACAUUGUUUGGCAAAUAUGUGACUUAUUGUUUUACUGUUUUUUUUUUUUUUUUUUUUACUAAGUCUUAUGAGACCAAAUGUUUAUGAAAUUGUUUGUCACUGCCUAUGGGAGAUUCCAGGCAUUAGGCCUAUACUAAAUGUCUGGUAUCACGUUCUUAUGUGAGGGCCUUGUAAAAUAGAUAUUUACAAAUAUACUCUGUUGUGAAAGAUGUC